AUGUCGGAGGACCUGAGCUCCCAACCCUGGUCCAUCCGCAAGGAUGACUACGAGCUGCAGGAGGUGAUCGGGAGUGGAGCCACAGCAGUUGUCCAGGCGGCCUACUGCGUACCCAGAAAGGAAAAGGUUGCCAUUAAACGCAUCAACCUGGAGAAAUGCCAGACCAGCAUGGACGAGCUUCUGAAAGAGAUUCAGGCCAUGAGCCAGUGCCAUCAUCCCAACAUUGUCUCAUACUAUACCUCGUUUGUAGUGAAGGAUGAGCUGUGGUUGGUGAUGAAGCUUCUCAGUGGUGGCUCUGUGCUGGAUGUCAUCAAGCACAUUAUUUCAAGAGGGGAGCACAAGACUGGAGUGCUGGAUGAGCCCAGUAUAGCUACCAUUCUGAAAGAAGUUCUACAAGGACUUGAGUACUUGCACAAAAAUGGGCAGAUUCACAGGGAUCUGAAGGCUGGAAACAUUCUGCUUGGGGAGGAUGGCUCUGUUCAGAUUGCAGACUUCGGUGUAAGUGCCUUCUUGUCCACCGGUGGUGACAUCACCAGAAAUAAAGUACGCAAGACAUUUGUCGGAACACCAUGCUGGAUGGCUCCAGAGGUCAUGGAGCAGGUGAAGGGUUAUGACUUCAAAGCUGAUAUCUGGAGUUUCGGGAUCACAGCCAUAGAGCUGGCCACAGGAGCCGCUCCCUACCACAAAUACCCUCCUAUGAAAGUGUUGAUGCUAACCUUGCAGAACGAUCCUCCUACACUGGAGACAGGUAUCACAGAUAAGGAGAUGGUGAAGAAAUACGGCAAAUCCUUGAGGAAGAUGGUCUCGCUGUGUUUGCAGAAGGAUCCAGAGAAAAGGCCAACAUCAUCAGAGCUCUUAAAACAUAAGUUCUUCCAGAAGGCGAAGAAUAAUGAGUUUCUACAAGAGAAGCUACUACAGAGAGCACCUACAAUAUCAGAAAGGUCGAAAAAGGUGAGGCGGGUUCCUGGAUCCAGUGGCAGGUUGCAUAAAACAGAAGAUGGUGAAUGGGAGUGGAGUGAUGAUGAGCUGGAUGAGGAGAGUGAAGAAGGCAAAGCUGCUGUUGCUGCUUUACGGUCACCGAGAGUUAAGGAGGGAUCCCAGAACUCAGAGCUUUUCCCGCCAACAGAGCCUUUUAGCAGUCACCUCCAGGCUGGUGUCCCUGGCCAGGCAGAAAUAUCUCAGCCUGGUGGUCAACCUGUGCAGCCCAGUGCCCCUGCACAAGCCCUGCCUGUUCCCACCAUCCCUGCACAGGCCCCAGUCCUUGCAAGUGAUGCCUCUAAAUCACCCAUCAGCUUGGUAUUAAGGUUGAGGAAUCUGAAGAAGGAGCUCAACGACAUACGAUUUGAGUUCAUGCCUGGCAGAGACACUGCAGACGGGGUGUCCCAGGAGCUGGUGUCAGCAGGCUUGGUAGAUGGAAGAGAUUUAGUUAUAGUUGCUGCUAAUUUGCAGAAGAUAGUUGAUGAGCCUCAAACCAAUAAGAACGUCACUUUUAAGCUGGCGUCCGGUGUGGAGGGCUCUGAGAUUCCAGACGACGUCAAACUGAUGGGGUUUGCUCAGCUCAGCAUCAGUUAAAGUUUGCCUCCAUGCGGGGACCAUGACUUGCCUAAAAAUGUGAAAAAAAAAAAAAUACAAACGAAAUGAAAAAACACCAACAGAAUGACAUUCAUACUUAACCCCCCUCUCUUUUCAAAGGCCCUUCAGAUACCACUGCUGCCAAAGAAAACAGUACCGUUGCAUCAGCCCAUAGGAUUUAAUGAAGCUUCCCAGCUGUGGAAGGCAGUGUGGAAGACAGGAUAUCAUAAACUAUAGGAAUCACUCAAAUAAAGCUUACAGUGUAUAUGUAGAAGGAUGCAAUUUUUUAACACCUACCAGGUAUAACCUUAUGUUUUGGUUUUUUUUUUCCAUUUUCUUUUGUUUUUCUUUCUGUAAAGUCCUACAUUUGCACAAUCUGAACUAACACCCUAAAAUCUUGAUACAUGUAACAAUGCCUUAUAUUCGAGCUACUGAAUGCAUGUCAGGGGGGAAAUCCCUCAUGAAUUGUGGAGUUUAUCAUGGAAAUGAACGAUUGUGGUUUCAGAUGCUAUGGCUAAACUUUUUACUUGUAAUUCUUUCUUUUACUUUUUUUGUUCUUUGGUCUGGAGAGAAGCAACUAGAACAGUGCAGAAGAGAAGAGAAGAGUGCCCUAUACCCACCCCAACCCCCCCCUCCCAGCAUGACAACUUAUUAGCCUUAUCUUGGUGGAAAAGUCUAUUUUGGAAGCACUCUUGAAUCUCUAAGAUUAGACACUCUGGUGUUCUUAGGCACCCCUUUAGAUCCUCCUUGCUUUUUCGGCUGCUGUACAGAAAAUCUUUGUCCACGUGAUGCACUGGUUAAUAUUACCACACUGCAGAUGUUCUGUGUUCUUUCAGCAGCCCACCUACAUGAGACUGUUUGAACGUGGAAGCCGUGUAUCACUCACUGGCACUUUGUGCACUCACUUCCACAAAAUCUUGCCAAGAAUAAGAAAAGUCCUUGGUUUUAAAUAUUCAGCCCUAAAUUUUAGGUUUUCAGGUUUUAGCUCAGUUCUUAUGUAGUCUUGUGUGGAAACGUUGCAAGUAAACACCACUCAAACUUUUUUUUUCAAGCACUUCUACACAACCUCCGUACGUCACACAGUAAAAAAAAAAAAACAAAAAAAACAAACAACAAUAAAACAAAACCUUGUACUACUCCAUGGAAUUAAGUUAUUGGUUUUAUAUUA